AUGGCGUCUGUUUUGGAUUUAAUUAAACAUUACCAGCAUUCGAUCGAAAAAUAUUCAAACGAUGAACAUAAAGUACUAAAGGCAAUUGACAAGUUAUUUCACCUUGAUGUCACAGUGCAACACUUGCAAGAUACAGGGGUCGGGCGCACUGUAAAUGCAUUAAGAAAAGAGCCUGGAGAUGUUGGUCAGGCAUCAAGAGCACUUGUAUAUAAGUGGAAGUUGAUGGUUGCUUCUGAAGAAAGUGACCAGGAAGGGGAUCAGCAUAAUAAUGAAUCUACAAAUUAUAAUGGCCAUGAUAGUGGUCGAGACUCUGAAGAUAAUAGCCAUAAAUCAAAACAUAAUAUAGAAAAUAAAGAAAGAACUGAAAGAUUAUCAAGAACAGAAAAAACACAACAUAAACAUCAGAAUGGUGAUCAUAGUGGAAGUAAAAGAAAGCACCACAGCAGUGAGGAGGAAGAUCAUGAUAUGAAGAAAUCAAAAUAUUCACAUACAAAUCAAAAUGGAGUUAAAAUCAAAAGAGAAUCAUACCAAAGCCCACUUAGAACUGAAAGUGAAAGCAAUGAAGACUCAUCAGAAAGUGAAAGUGAAUCAUCACUAUCAUCAGAAGAUGAAAAAAAGCCACAAAAGAAUAUUAAGGAAGAAAAACUAAAUAAAUAUUCAAAUAAGGAUUCAUCCAGCAGGCAUUCUAGUAGCCAUAAUUAUAAUCAUUCCUAUUCUGAAAAGAAAACAGAAAAACAGUCUAGUCAUUAUUCUGAGGGCUCAAGGUAUUCAAAGUCAUCCUCAAAAGAAAGAUCGCGUGACUCAAAAUCGGCUUCAAAAGAUAGGUCCUAUGAGUCAAGCAAAAACUCAAGAGAUCAGCUCAAAUGUGAUGAAAAGGAAUUUAGAUCUCCAGAAAAGAGAGAAAGCGAACAUAGUACAUAUGUAAUAGAAAAGUCUGCAGAAAAAGGAAAAAAGAACAAAGAAGAAACAUCUAGUAAAAAGCAAUCAGAUAAACACAAUUCAGAUAGAGAAAAACCAACCAAAAGCAGAUCUAAAGAUAAGGUUUCAGAGGAAUCACAUCAUGAUAAAAAACCCAAGACUGAACCAUCACAUAAAAGUACCACCAGCUCAGAUAAGAAGAAGUCUAGCAGUUCUGAGAAAAGUAAAAGUUGCUCUGUCAAGAGCUCUAGUAACUCCGAAUCAAAUAGCUCUAACACAGACAGGCAUAAGAACAAGUCCGACAAAGAAAACCAUAAAAACCUGUCAGAUGGUCACUUGUCAAAAGAUAAACUAAAAGAAAUUCAAGCUAAGCAAAAACAGAGUUCAUCUAGUAGGGAAAAGUCAAGAGAAAAGAGUAGUAGUAGCAGUAAGGAUAAAGAGCACAAAAGUGCGAAAAGUGAAAAACGUCACUCUUCAUCUAGUGAAAGCAACUCUAAAGAUAUUGCAAAGAAAUGCAAAAGUGAUAAAAAUGACAGUGGAAGUAGUCGGAGUAAAGAUAAGCAUAGAUCAAGUUCCAGUAGUAACAGAAGUAAUAAGACAAAAGAUGUACCAAAGAAACUGGCUCAUACAAGUAAUGAGGAUAGUGAUGAUGGGAUAGGCUGUGAAUCAGGUGCAAGUUUUGCAGAAGCAUUAGGCAUGGUCAGCCCGACAAAGCCAAAAAAGAAAUCUGCUCCCAUUAAGGAUAUACUUUCACCCAAUGAUUGUUUUAAUGGUGAUCAUAGUCCAGCAUCAUUGUUAGCACCAACAGCCAAAUUGGCUCCACUUCCCAACAUUGAGAUAUCAGCAUUGCCAGAAAUAUCACCAAAUUAUAAACCAAGGCCUCCACCUAAAUUUUUACCACAUUUUGAUAGUGAAUCAUUAAGUUCUGUGAUGUCCUCAAAGAAUCAAAGAACAAAAGUCUACUCGGGAAACAAAGUUUUGGGAAAGAUUCCCUCAUUAUAUGAGAUGUGUGUCCUGGUUCUUCAAGAGCAUAUAGAUGCACUCGAGUAUACAGGUGGUGUGCCAUAUGAAAUAUUGAAGCCGGUUGUGGACAGAGCCACUCCGCAGCAACUGUUUAUGUUGGAGCAUUACAACCCAUACCUGAUGGAAGAUACAGAUCAUCUCUGGCAAACAUUUUGCAUUAAACAUUUUAGAAAUAAAAAACGGGCAGAAAUGGAGACAUGGAGAGAAAUGUAUAUGCGCUGCCAAGAAGAGCAAGAGAUCAAGCUAAAAUCAUUAACAGAAAAUAUUAAAAUAGCACAAGAGGCAAAAAAGGCGCCCAUCAAACAAACCAAGAUGGCAUACGUUGAUUCUGUCGUGAAACCUCCGCGGAGUGUCGCUAGAAAACAAGCGCAGCAUGGAACAGCGUUUGCAGCAACAGCCAGUCCAGCAGCAAGAGUGGCCGCUUUGGCUGCAGCACCUAACGUCCUGAAGGGAGGUCGGCCCACCCCCGUUGCUACCACCUCUAGCUCCUUCAUCAAACCCAAGAAAGCACCACUUAUGCAGAAGGCGCUGCAGUUCAUGAGGGGACGAAAGCGAUGAAAACUUUCACCAUGAAGCUCUAGUUACCAUUAAAUUUACCAUCAGA